CGUUCGGACCGCGUGCCUUGUUGUUCGCGUUCUCGUAUUGUUAGUCUUAGUGACGUACUGACGUCUGGUUACGUACUCUCAUCUCGUAUCUGGUAGGCCUUUCUUUACAUUACUAAUAUUGCAUUUUUCAAUAACCAUCGCCGUUGGCCAGUCCAAACAAGUAUUUUCCGAGAGCUAUGCUGGAUAUGAUGAACAAAAUGGCCGAACUCAAGUUCGAAGCGCCCCUAGCGCAGUUCGAGGAGUCUGACGAGUGGACGAAAAUGAUGGACGACGACUCGCCGCUGCAGUCGGCCAAACACAACCUCCACAAUCACCAUCAUCAACAGCCAAACAGUCAGCCGACUUCAGGUGGUGGCUUACGCGACGUGGAUGAGGAGCAGCUGGAUAACAUGCUCAGCAACAGCAGCAGGAGCCUGGAACCGGCGAACAAGUCGUGCACGCAGUGCGGAGCGAACAACAACAAUGUCGGCGUGGAGGUGACGACGUCGGACACGGACAAUUUUGGAGAGACAUUCAGCGGGUCUCUGGAAGACCUGGUUCACACGUUCGACGACAAAAUCACCAGAUGCUUUUGCGACUACGAGGAGUCUGUGGAGAAAUUAGCGCCGGUUCAGAUCAGGACUCAGGAAGAAAUAAUGAACGAAUGCCAAAUGUGGUGGACAAUCACAGGAAACUUUGGCAAUAUUCUUCCUAUUGAUUGGUCCAAGUCAUAUGCACGCAAAGUUCAACUGCCAGUACUCAAUUUGAAUAACAACAUCCAGGACGAAUCAUCAGAUGACCUUAGCAGUGAAGACGAAGCCGUUUCAAAUGACUUAGAUUUGCAUACUUUGAUAUUGUCAGGUCCCAGUGCAGAUAUUGAACCUCCAACUGCCGAUGAAGUGAUUAGAGAAAUUGAUGAUAUUAUGGAAGAAGGCACUUCAAAUGAGUGUACUCCGGACUCUGAACAUCCUAAGGAAGUUCAUUCACCAUUACUAGAAGAAAAGUUAAAAACAUUAAAUGUAUCUCAACUCAAUGAAGUUUACAUGGAGUUAGAGUUGCUGAUCAGAGACUAUUCUGAAACAUUAAUUACAGAACUGGCAUUAAGAGAUGAGUUGGAGUUUGAAAAAGAAUUAAAAAACUCAUUUAUAUCAUUGCUAUUGGCUGUUCAAAAUCGAAGGAGACAAUAUCAUGUUGAGAAAAAACGGAAUUCGAGAGCAGGAAAUACAAACAAAAACGUAACAAAUGAGCCAAAAUAUUUAACCACUGUCAUACCAUACCAUUUGGAUAGUGGACCUUUAAGUAAUCAGGCACUUCAAGUUCUCAUUAAAAUAUUAAAAGCAAUAAAUGAAGACAGUCCCACAGUACCAACAUUACUAACAGACUACAUUCUUAAAGUAUUGUGUCCCACAUAAUUGAAUAUGGAUCAGCAAAGUGGAAUGAUCAACUGCACUCUGAACUCUACGUGAUAUAACUUAUUUAAUUUUAACUUACUAUGGCAUAAUCCGUAGAUUUUUAGUAUCUCUAAUAAUUUAUUAUAAGUUCUACUUGAGGUACAUUAUUUAGACAUUAUUAGUAUUAUAUUAAAACACUUGGAAUCUACAAUAGAUUUUGUGUAAUAAUAACUCUACAAAACAUCUUUCUUCUAUUUAGUAAAAAAAAAAUCUAAUGUAUAAAUAAAUUAAAGAUUUUUUUUGUUUUGUGCCAUUUAGAUAUUUUUAAAACAAAUGAAUAAUAUAGAAAUUAAUGAAUACUCAACAUGUAAUUGAAUAUUGACAUAAAUUAAAUUAAACUAAAAUCUUACAUACCCAAUUGGUGCUUCAAAAUAAUAAAGUAAUGAUUUACUUAACAAUACUUAUAUAAUUAUGGCAUGAAUGAAUAAUGAUUGAUCAUUUUUAAGAUGUCAUUCAUAAUAUAUUAUCGAGCUGAUUCCAAAAUUUGAUAAAUAUAUAGUUAGUUCAGGCUCGCAUUUAAAGAUACUAAACAAAUAAACAAUAUAUUACGAUUAUAUAGUAUGAAUUAUGGGAAAUGUUUAUUAUGUUGCGCUGGGACCAAAAU